AUGACAUCACAAACUCAACCUUCCAACCCGGCCAUACUAGUGAAACCUCGUCUAUUCAUGACUAACGACUACGGUGGAUCGGGCUAUAACCCGCUCUAUCAGCUUGACUAUUGUGCCCCCUCUGGACUUCCCAGAAGAUUUCCCGUAACAACUUCCGAUUCCACGCUAACGAACGUUAUGGACUUUACCAGUAGUACGGUACAACCUCCAAGGAACCCGACGAUGAGAAGGUCAAGUACCUGUUACGGCGAUUGCACCGAAAAGGGCAGAGUGGGCACCGACGUUUUUGAGAAGAUGACGAGUGAGAGAGACAGUUGUGACUUACCUGUGAAUGGGCAAAAGAAGCACUUCACCCGGUCUUUUCUUCCUAAGGAUGGAGUUGCAGAGUGGGACGUUUUUGAGAAGAUGACGAGUGAGAGAGACAGUUGUGACUUACCUGUGAAUGGGCAAAAGAAGCACUUCACCCGGUCUUUUCUUCCUAAGGAUGGAGUUUCUGUGCCAACUAACUUUGCACCCAGCUCAUUUGUCAACCCCCAAAAGUGCACAAAGGCAUCAAAAACAAACAAUACCGGUGCAGGCAACUGCUGCCCGAAAGUCAAGCAGCAGGCGGGCAAAGCCGUCAAGCCAGAGAACAACCUCACCGCCUCUUUUAGUCGUGGCACAGCUAACAAACGUCAAAGACGUCAAAGAACGCAUUUCACAAGCCAGCAGCUGCAGGAACUGGAAGCUACGUUUGCACGCAACCGCUACCCGGAUAUGAACCUGCGUGAAGAAAUUGCCACAUGGACGGAUCUCUCUGAAAGCAGAGUGAGGGUCUGGUUCAAAAAUCGAAGAGCAAAGUGGCGUAAACGUGAGCGUCACCUUGAUGUCGUCCUUCGUGGAGGCUUACCAAAUCCAUUCGUCCCCUUUCUCCGAACAGGAUUCGUUCCACAUGGUCUGGACAGUCCUUUCCAGCCACCGGCACACUGUUUGUAUACCCAGGGCACAAAUUUGCUGCCAUGUUCUUCACAAAACCCACUUCAUUCACCCUUGUUCCACUCAAAUCCCCAAACUUUAUCCGAUUUGAAUGACAGUCAGACACAAUCACUUUCUGCAGGCCCGAAUAUGUGUCCCUUUAUUCCACAUUCUUACCACCCCGGGCUGUCAACAACUCCUAACAUUUGCGGAGCUCCGAUUUUCCCACCUGGGUUCCCAUACUUAUCGACUAAUCGAUCGGACUUGAGGAAUUGUUCCUCACCAUCCAAAAAUACCAACAACAAUAUACACACCAACGAGAACUUUUCAGAUGCAAAUCAAUGUCUAGUCAGUAAUCCCGUGACACCCUUUAAUUUAAGUUCGCAGCCUACUCGAAUCCAUUCAGACUAUGCUGUUCCAAGUGCGGAGCUCAGUGCUGCAGCUUUUGCUGCAUCCAACAUGCUGACAAAUUAUUCAUCUGUGAUUCACAAUAUGGGACCAUCUGGCCUAUUUGAUAUUGGUUCCGGUCAUCUGAUCAAUAAUUCCGGUUUCACUCAAACCGUGACAAAUUUCUGUCCACGCAUGACACAUUGUCCAAGUUUCACGGAAACGGGUAUCUCUAACACUCGUAUAGAACAGUCGCACCUAGCACAACCGCACAGUGAUGACCUAGGCAUGCUGUGGUCAACAGGAAAUUCAACCGGUGGAUUUAGUGGAGCAGCAGCCGCCGCCGCAAUAGCCGCAUGGUCAGCCAAUCGUCAAACUAUCGUAGAACAGGGUGUGGUCGGUGUACCAGAAAACAGUCACACAGCCCAGCGCACUCCACCUCCAACACAAACACCUUCAAGAGUAACUAUGAUCCCAGUACAUUCGCCAAACUUGGAAUUGGACCGACCGAAACUUGUGGAUCCAGAUAAUUUAUAUCCGCCUCGUGAACCAUUUCUGACUUCUAAACCAUGUGUCGGCAGUGAAACGCCAAAUUCAAAAUGUCCCAGUCUACGCAAUUCGCCGUGUGAGAUAACAGAUUGUUCUGCUGCAAAAAUUGAUGAGUUAGGCCCCAAGUGGAUUCAGGCCGUGGAUCGUGAUCGUAAUAUGAAUAUCAGACUGUCCGAUUAUCCCGGCAAUGGCGUCCAAUUUCGAAGCAAUAACGCCCAAUAUUUACCGGACAUUAAUCCAAAGCAGCCACCCUGCCUGCCCCUACAGUCGAAAUCAGUACAUGAUAUAGAAGCUAAAAUACGAGAGGCAAACUGCAAAGUUGAAGACUCAGUCUUGGAUGGGUCACAAAAUUCAGUGCUGGCAACGUCAGAUGCACGUGCUUUCUUAUUCGUUUCCCAGGAAGUUGACGUAGCAAACCUUACACCGAACAGCACCAUGCACAGCGAAGUGAAAUUCAGUUCUUGUUCCCCUCCUCUGAAUCACUCACCCUGGGAUUCGUACAAAUUUUCUCUAGCUCCUGGGGUACCCUAUUUUGACGCUGCGUCCUUGCAGUACGCCUCUUCAAGCGAAAAAUGCAUACUUUCGGUUGAUUCAAACCUAGUCAAGAGUUACACAGCGAGCACUGGUGAAAGGAUCUUGAAGCCAUCGGUAUGCAAUCAAGCCCCGUUGUUGGUCACAACGACGAAAGUAGAUAAGGUGGCCACUGCUCCUCGAUGGGCCUGUAACAAUGACAUAACCUUGGGUAAACCGAAGACUUGGGUUUCGGAAGACAGCUAUACUUUGACGAAAAAUGAACGGUUGUCUUCAGGCUUUUCUUAUGACUAG